ACUAAGCUGGGACUAAUGAAAAAUUUGUUAAAGCACUGGAUAAGUAAGAAAUUCAAAAUGAAAAGUGUGCUUUUUAUAUGCAGUAUUUGUAUUGUCGCUGCAUAUAUCGCUGGUACUGAUUGCAAACAGACGAAAAUAUCCACUAUAGAACGAAUAAAAAAACAUCAAGAUUGGCUGAAAAGACAUUGUAAGCCAAAGUCCUACAAAAUACCACCAAAGCAGCCAUUAUUAUCCGAGCUCUCUAACUUGUGGCGCAAAAAAAAAGAAAUGACCAUAACGCAAAAGGGAAACAAAAAAAAACAAAACAUACAAAAUGAAACUACAUCUAAACAUUCCAGUACAAAAAAUGUUAUGACGCUAAAGCCGUUGGAAAUAUUAAGGAAUGAAAGUCAUUACAAAAUCUUGUCAUCUAAACUAGAGAAUACAACAACAAUAUCUACAUAUCCUGCUAUAGACAUAAUAGAAGAGGGUACUGAAGAUCCAUUAAAAUCCUCUCCAAACAUUUUAAACAUAGCGAUUACUCAAAAGUCAACUAAUUUAGCAAACAUCUCAGCUAGGAAAAUAUUCGAGCCCAAAGUCCGUACAUAUCCACAUUGGGAUAAUUGGAGUAACUGGAGUGAAUGUUCACGAAGUUGUGAUGGAGGUGUGAUGCAUCAAACACGAAAGUGCAUAGGACGAAAAUCUUUGACAGGAAAUCAAUUUAUAAGUGAUGCCUGUUUUGGUUACUAUAAACGCUAUCAGCUAUGCAAUGACUUUCCAUGCCCAGCAAAAUCAAAAGGUUUUCGUGCUAAUCAAUGUGCAGCGUACAAUGGCAUACUAUUUGAGGGACAUCGAUAUAGCUGGCAGCCUUAUAGAAAGGAUGACGCUGAAUGUGAACUAAACUGCAUGCCAUUGGGAAUGAAAUACUAUGCAACUUUGAGCGAAUCUGUUAUUAAUGGGACUCCUUGUAAACGGUCAGCGGAAUAUUAUCGGUUAAAUUUCUUGGGACGUGCUUUGUGCGUUGAUGGUGUUUGCAAGGCCGUUAACGCUGAUGGUUCCAUUAAUGGAGCGUAUGCUCACAGUGGCGCUGUUAGUUGUGGAGGAUUGUUAUGCCGGCCAGUAACAAAAAUUUUUACUCGAGAUCCACAACCAGACGAUGUCUUGGUUCACGUUGCUACAAUUCCAACUGGAGCCUCGAAUAUAUCGAUAACUGAGCUAAGAAAUAGUGUUAAUUUGCUAGUUUUACGUACUUCCCAGCAAAAAAGCAUAGUUAAUAGCGAAAGUAUUGUGUCGGAAAGCGGGUCGUAUGAAGCGGUCGGUGCCACAUUUGACUAUCACCGAAUCGAUGGAGUCCAGAACUCUGAUGGAGUUACCGAAUGGAUAACAAGUACUGGACCAAUAUGGGACUCAAUGGAACUUUUGAUAUUUGGGAAAAGUCAAAACCCUGGUAUAAAGUAUGAGUACAUGCUUCCGAUAAUAUCUGAUUCUGAAGAAAACGAGCUCUCUGUGGAAAAUAAUAAUGGUUUGUUACGAUCUGGAGGGGAGAACGCUAGUCCUUUAAGUAAUUCGCGUACUGGAAGACGGCGUAACUUUACCUGGAAAGUGGUAGGGUUUAGUGCCUGUACAAAGUCCUGCGGUGGGGGGGUACAAGCUCCUAUUGUACGUUGCAUUCGCGAAAAUCUUUUAAGGUAUUACUCACAACGCCGGUGUAUUCAUUCUGAAAAACCAGUGCUCAAUGAGAACUUAUUGCACUGCAACACACAACCAUGCCCCGCCUAUUGGCACUUUGAAAAAUGGGGCGAGUGUCGCUGCCUGAAUGAAAGGGCAUUUAGACGUCGUGAAGUAAGUUGCUUGCAAGAACUAGCAUCUGGAACUGUUAUACAAGUUGAUAACACAGCAUGUAUGGAGGAGAUGCCCCCCACUCAGAAGCAAUGUGAGUGUCCAAAUAGUCGAGGUGGUGACCUUUCUCGUUAUCGUCUACACUCAAACUCCGAGUCUGCAAAUAGUACACGAAGACAACGAAUCAUGAUUGAUAACAGUAGCAUAAAUGCGGUCUGGUUGACUUCCGAAUGGAAUCAGUAUUGCUCAGCUACGUGUGGCUUAGGAGUAGAGUAUCGUACAAUUUUCUGUGAUCGAUCUGAGGUUGGUGCAGUUCGCUGUGAUCCAAACAAAACUCCAGAAAAUCGACGACCUUGCGUAAAACCUAGCUGUGAAGAUGGCGAGUGGUUUGUUGGCCCUUGGUCGUCUUGUAAUGGGGAUUGCUUUAACCUUAGACGAAGUCGAGUAGUGCUAUGCAUAAAAAAUAAAUUAAUUGUGGAUCAUAAAAUGUGCAAUUUGAAGCUAAAACCACAAUUGUUUGAAAAAUGCUCCCAUGAUGAGGAAGAAAUUACUUUCUGCGCUCCUCGUUGGCACUACUCUGAAUGGUCACAGUGUACCAAAUCUUGCGAUGGUGGAACACAGCGACGCAACUUAAGAUGCUUGGAAUACGAUGGAACACAGAAUAACUUACGUGACUCAACCAAAUGUCGGUAUGCGGCCAGGGAGACAAUAUUUCGUAGCUGCAAUACACACGACUGCAAUGAACAUCACCAAAAUUACUCUUCAUCUACGUGUACCGAUAAACUUUCCAACUGUAAAUGGGCUGCUAAAGGAAAGCUGUGUAGUUAUGAAUACUACAGAAUGAGUUGUUGUAUCUCUUGCGCAGGCGGAAUAUAGUGGUAUUAUAAAAUUAAGAUUAGUUUAUCCAUUACGACUAUUUACCACCAAUCACCAACUUUAUUAAUAAUAACUUAUAUUUAUUAUUUUUUAUUAUUUUAAUAAAACUAAUUGAAUUUUU